UUUCAUAAAACUUCUUUAGAUCAAAAAGUAUGAAUACAGCGGUUUUGGAGAGUAUUACAGAUACCCAGAAGGAGCAGAUUUUUGACCCCUUGUUUAAGGAAGUCCAUGAUAAAACUAUCAUUGGGUAUUUAGUCACCCUGAUUAGAGAGGAGGGAGGUCCAGUGCAUGAAACUAUUCUUUUCAAUAAAACAGUCCAGAACUUCAGUAACUUAAGGAAACUCUCGGGAGGAAGCUACACGGGAGAACCAGUCUCAGCUGCAAGAGCAGCACUUGCUUCAGCAGAAAUAUUUAAGGUAAGUUUUAAUACUAUAGAUGACAUACAAUAAUAAGAGGCUAAUGAAAAUGGCAAAGAAGAAUUUAGAAAGCGGACUUGGCCAAAGGAUGAAUGAGAUUGAAGCUUUAUUGGACCCAGAUAAUACUAAGAGAACUCUUGAUAUCUCCCCAAAAGUUAUUGAUCAGUAUUCACAGAUGAGUCAGAAAUUGGAGCUUAUGACAUGUCAACCGAACUAGAAGGGAUGCUAAAUCUAUACCAUUUUUUCAGACCGAUGAUUUAUGGGCAUUCGAAGAUUACAAACUAUGUCUUUGAAGUCACAACCAAGAUAGGUGCAGUAAAGAUGAUUGACAAAGCUCUAAUGGAUAUUAUAUGUUCGGUUGAUAAUCUACAGCAAUCAAAGCAAGACGUGAACAAUCUACCACCUCAGAUGGUAAAAAAGGAAGAGGAACAAAGAAUUCCUUUGGGUAACCUUACAAACAUAGUCAAGAAUGAAAAUGCAAGUGAUUUAUUAGUCAACCAAUAUAUGUCAACUGCCUUUGGAGGCUCACCAGUAAAACAGGAGGAAAAUAUCUGAGUGAAUUUAGAAAAAUCUUGUGAAGACUGGAAAGAUGAUGAUAGUGUGUGAAGCACAGAGGAGUUUCCAACCCAGUCCAGAAAAGAGAUAAAAUUUUAG